GCCAGCUAUGAGACCGUAUGCCCACAGCUCGCAAUGAGAAGUCAACAGUUGAUUAAUCUAUUUGUUAAGGUGUUCUCUACUAUUACAACCAUCGGCUACGGAUAUAUUUAUCCAGUUACUAAGGCUGGACGCAUGCUUUCUAUCUUCAUUAGCCUUAUUGGUAUACCAUUCACCUUGAUCGUCAUCAAGGACAUAGCCUUCUUAAUUGCAAAAUUGAUGAACUAUCCAUGCCAUAUACUAGAAAAGUGUUGGGCGACAUUCCGAUUUUGUACCUUACGUGCUGUACAAGAAGACGAGCUCGACAGAAAACUCCAUGGCGAUCAGGCGAAGCCAAAGGACUAUCGACUUGACAAUGUUGAGCGUCUACUCGCCAUACCGGUUAGAACUUAUAAACACUUUCAGGUCACAGUCGCUAUAAUGGCCGUGGUCGGAUGGACCUGCUUGGGAUGUUUCAUUGUACACUUUUACAUGCCUAAUCACGACACCGCUGCCACAUUCUAUUUCAUUUUCAACUCAUUAGCCACCAUUGGCGUUGGCGACAUUGAACCUGGACAACAACCAGUCGUUCUCCUUUUGCUCUUCAUUUACUUACUCAUCGGACUAUCAAUCGUUUCAUUAUUCAUUAACCUUCUACACACAAAAUUCAGCAGAGCCUACUGGUUACCCGGACGCAUGUACAUGCCCUUGAGAGAUAAUCGACUAGGAGCCACCCACACAAUAGCCAGUUUCGAUAGCUAUGACGAAUUGGGCAUGAGUAGCGAUUGCCCAAUAAAUCACUUUGCUACUCUCGGUAUUUUACAAACUGAUGACAAAUGCCCGUUACUUGGAAUAACACGACGAGAAUUCGCCUAUAUGGAUGCAAUUACUCAAACCGAGAAAACGGUGCCGCAUACAUACCGAGCCCCACCCUCACCACCGAGUCCAUCAGCUGUUCUGCUACCGUACCCCCACACCUCUCACGAAGACGUCAACUCGCUUAUCGUUGAAACAUAUGGCGUAAAGCCGGCAAGGCAUAUAGGUCAUUCAUGGAAAUAG